GAGUUCUCAGAGCUGAAGCGGGACACCCUCUCAGGCGCUCUAUAACUCUGCGUUUCGAAGGUUUUUCUAAAGCGUCUGUUGGUCUUUUCAGCCGCUCAUUAGUUACGACACCAUUUCUUGUUGAAACAUUCCCCCCCCCUCCCCCCAGCAUCCACUGCGUAUCACCUGCAUCCUCUGCUCUCGAAGCGAGCUUCCUUUUUUUUCGUUUCUUUGUAUACACCUCCUUAAGCUGGCGACCAUUCGAUUGCCCCAACUCUCACUCGUGAAGCACCGAUGCUUCAUUGCGGUGACGAUACUCCUCCUCCUCAACCUCGUUGUAACUAUCCUUGUGUCUUUUCCUGGAAGCGCACGUUGAUUGCAUGAAACCGCUCAAGUUAAAGACGCGCGUCGGCGAGGCAGAAGCGGCCAGCGCGCGGCCCGUCACCACAGCUUCUGCGACUUCCGGCGCCAACCCCCCCGCCGAUCACACCUCCGCGGCGUCUCCACCGUUGGUGCCAUCGCCGCCGUCCGCACACCCGACCAAAGCGGAGCAUCCCCCACCGUCGCGCUCCGGUCGACCCACGUCCGCGUCUUCCGUUGCCACCACCACCGCCACGAUAGCCCGCCGCACCACCGACGGCCACGCCGGCGUGCGGUUCACGUCGGAGUUAGACAACGCCAAUGUCGAUGCUUAUUUAGAGUACUUGACGCGUCCACACACGUCGUGGGACAGCGCCACGCAGCACCUCGCGCGCCGUCGCGAGGUGAUCGAAGGCCACCGCGCCUCCGUCUUUGCCCGCUCCCUCGCCUCCUCCCGGCGCUCCUCCUUCGCCUCCACUAUGCGCAGUGAGGGCGGCGAUGAUGUCUUGGAGAUGAGCAUGACGUCCUCCGUGGCCUCCGCCCCAGCCGGGUUCCCGCGCAGCGCGUCCAACGCAAGCAAAACGCACACCGGAAAACUACGAAAGGGCCGACUGGGCGACACGAACAGCGUGCCCGCGCCUCCGAGCCUCGUCGCUACGGGCAAUGGUCCCUCCUCUGCUGUCUUGCUGCCCACCACAUCGCUGUCAGGGGCAAACGGCGAUCAGAGCCGCACCACAUCGAGCCAUUCGUCGGUGAGUACAGGGAAGCCGCGGACAGCGCCCACCAGAGGGCGACUCGCACGCGGCGGCGCACUUGCCAUGUCACGGGCACCACGCGUCCCCACUGCUGCUUCUGCUUCUGCUGGCGCAGCCACGGGUACCACGUCAGGGCCUGAUCUCACGAUCGGUGGAACACACCUGCAAACGGGGAGCACCAACUUGUUCAUUGGCGGCGUGCAGAGCACCACCGCUGGUAGCAGUCGCAGCGGCUCACGAGACGGUGCCGCUAGCCAUAGAGGCGCCAACGCCCCUAUGAAGGGUAGCCGAAGUGUUGGCAGCGCGUGA